AUGGAGUCGGCCUAUGAACAACCACAAGCAACAAGCAAUGGGGAAGAGAGAAAGGCGUUCAAAGAAUGCCUAUGUGAGAAGCUCAGUCAAAUCAGGGGUGAGAAUGAAAUUCUUCGGAGAAUGACUCAAAAGCAACUUGAUUUAUGUAAUGAUUUGGUUAAACUCCACACGCUGCUUAAUCAGCCCGUAUGGGACGAAAAGGACAAACACUGUUCAACGGAGGAUUCAGGUUUACCCAGUAAAACUGAACAGACCCCAGUUUGUUUUAUGGAUCUGGCAACCAAUCGUUUUGCUGCAGAUGACUACAGGUGUGGGUGUACUAGCAGACUGCUUGAGUUAGUCUCCAAAUUUUGCACAUGUUGUUUGACUAAACACUUGUGUACAAUGGCCAAAGAAUUGACGUCCGUUCACUGUGCCAAAACCGUACAACAAUGCCGACAGUGUAUUCAUCUUCUGGGCACCGCAGACAAAUACUUGUCACCAGGUCCCAAUGCGACCAAUCCGCUUUCACAACAACUGGCAUUCAGGCUGAAUGCUGAGCCUUUUAGUUCACGCUAUGAGAAAGUAAAAGCGCCCACACUUUGCUCCUCGACCCCGGUGCAUAUAUCAGUGGAACCUUCUGCCAAGACGUGCACAUCAGAUGAUCGCGUUGAAAUAAACAGUCGGAAAUUUCAAUUUCCUGAUCCUUGUUCUCCGAACAAAAUGGACGACUGUGUCAAUACAGAUGCUUUAAACUUCGGCAUGUUAGAUCUCCGACAACAGGGCUCUGAUGACGUGAACAAUAAGGGCACAACAGAGAGAAAACAAGCGGCUUCAAAGUGUAUGCUCUAUAUAUGGACGAUUCCUGAUUAUCCGGUGGUAGAAGCAGAAGGAUGCAGUUAUUGGAGCGAUUCAUUCUAUCUAGGGACGCCUGGAUACAGAUUUCGAACAAAAUUGGAAUUCACUAAACGAUUUGUGGGUAUUUUUGUGCAACUCGUAGCUGGAGAGUUUGAUGAGCAGCUUGUGUGGCCUUUUCGAGAUCACAUGCAGUUUGUUCUGAUUGAUCAGUCAGUCUCGGGACGAAAUAUCACAAGAACACUAAAACCCUUUCCUGAAGAUGAAGACGAGAAAGGAGUCUGGGAGCGACCUUUGGCAGUGAAGGAAGUAAAAGUUCAGGGGGCCAAAACAACGGAGGUAUCAGCUUGGGGAUUUCACGACUUUGUUCCACGAUCAAUGCUGAGUGAUUGUGGUGGGACUGCCACAGAUUACGUGAGAAACGACCGAAUGUACAUUGCUAUCAGACUGCUCUAA